AGGCGCCGCUCCGCAACAUCGCGGAUCCCGGCGCUCAGGCAGGCUGGCCUCCGCUGCAGCUGCGCCGCACUCGCGCCAUGCAAAGCCUGGCCAUGGACCUGCGGGUGCUGUCCCGGGAGCUGGCGCUCUACCUGGAGCACCAGGUUCGCGUCGGCUUCUUCGGCUCGGGCAUGGGCUUGUCGCUGAUCCUGGGCUUCAGCGUCGCCUACGCCUGCUACUACCUGAGCAGCAUUGCCAAGAAACCCCAGUUAGUGACUGGAGGGGAGAGUUUCAGCCGCUUCCUCCAGGACCACUGUCCGGUGGUGACAGAAACCUAUUACCCGACGGUUUGGUGCUGGGAGAGCCGAGGACAGACACUGCUGAGACCUUUCAUCACUGCCAAGCCCCUGGUGCAGUACAGGAAUGAACUCAUUAAGACAGCGGAUGGAGGCCAGAUCUCCCUGGACUGGUCUGAUAACAAUAACAGCUCAUGUUAUACGGAUGCCAACACCAGACCCACCAUCCUGCUGUUGCCUGGCCUCACUGGAACAAGCAAGGAAUCCUACAUCCUGCACAUGAUCCAACUCAGUGAAGAAUUAGGGUACAGGUGUGUGGUUUUUAAUAACAGAGGAGUGGCAGGAGAGAAUCUCCUGACACCACGGACUUACUGUUGUGCCAACACUGAAGACCUGGAGACAGUCAUCCACCAUGUCCACAGCCUCUACCCUGUGGCCCCAUUGCUGGCAGCAGGCGUGUCAAUGGGAGGAAUGCUGCUUCUAAAUUACCUGGGCAAAAUUGGGUCCAAAACUCCUCUGAUGGCAGCUGCAACAUUCUCAGUUGGCUGGAAUACUUUCGCUUGCUCAGAGUCACUGGAGAAGCCACUAAACUGGCUGCUUUUUAAUUACUACUUGACAACUUGCCUCCAGUCUUCAGUUAAGAAGCACCAGCAUAUGUUUGUCAAACAAAUCGACAUGGACCAGGUCAUGAAGGCUAAGUCUAUUAGAGAGUUUGAUAAACGAUUCACCUCAGUCAUGUUUGGAUACCGAACAAUUGAUGAUUAUUACACCGACGCCAGUCCAAACCGCAGACUAAAGUCUGUGGGAAUCCCAGUGUUGUGCCUGAAUGCCGUGGAUGAUGUCUUCUCACCCAGCCACGCUAUCCCAAUAGAAACUGCUAAGCAAAACCCUAAUGUCGCUUUGGUUCUUACUUCUUAUGGAGGCCAUAUUGGUUUUCUGGAGGGAAUCUGGCCUAGGCAAUGCACUUACAUGGAUCGAGUCUUCAAGCAAUUUGUGCAAGCCAUGGUCGAGCAUGGACAUGAACUCAACAACAUGUAGUUCCUUGGGUACAUUGAGUCUGAGCCACCAUUGUUGGAUCACCUCAGCUCAGUGCAAUGUCAACUCCUGAGUGUAAAGCUGGUGAGCCAGCAGAUGGUGAGGAGGUCCAGUGCUGGGGAAACAAAACAGCUUUGUAGCGAGAACUAAAGCUAGUGUAGAUUGUUGCUGCCGUAGAUCUUACUUUUACUCUGCCUUACCAAGUAUGACCUUAAAUUAAGUAGUUCUUAUAAACAUGAAUUGCACCUAACCAAAACUAUUGUGUAAAAGAUUUUAAUCCUCAGGGUUUUCGUUUAGACUGGUGUUGUUAGAUCACCCAGUCCAGUGACGUAAUGACUGUUAAGAGAUUGUGAUGAUUUGAAUGUAAGCUCUAAGCGGGCAUUCCUGAAAGCUCAGCACUGACCGGGGACACAGCGCUGCACCGCGUGUGUUCUGACCUGAGAGGGCGAAUGCAGCCCUUAGACUGACUUCUGUACCUGCUCUUUUAUCCUGGUAAUAUUCAAUUAGGGCUGACCUGUGUUUUAUAAUUAUCAUUUACAUGCUUAUUUUUAAAAUAGUACAUGUGCAUACAUAUAUCAUUAUAAUAAAAUAAAUUCUAUCAUUUUAA